GGAGGACAUUGUGUAGUGAUGGAGUUACACAGAGUUACUGCUUAUGCGCAUUCAUAUCAUUUGGUUAAUAUGAAGUGUAUAUAUGCUUUAAACGAUCUGAGUCAGGAAAAGGCCGGGAUGCUUCAGACUAUACUAUCAGUAUUCAGCCGACACCGGUGCAAUGAUAGUGACACAUCUUUUAGAACUAUAACACACUCCGUUAAGUCUGUAGUGAAAAAUAUCCAAGAUUUGCGAAGAUCAAAUAGAAGAAUAUUAAAAAUUGAAGAUUACAUAAAUAGUAAAUCAGAUCGACAAGGGUUUUUGGUAAGAAAGAUUGACGACAUAAAAGGUAAAUACUAG